AUGCGUCUUUUCCAAAUCGCAUCGGCGCUUCUAGGCGCGCAAGUCGCCUCGUCGACAGCACUUCGUCGGGCCGCAGACACAACCGGAACCAUCGGCUCUGGUGACUUCAUUGUCGAGUUUGCUGAUACGAUUAAGUCGGCGUCGGCCUUUUACGAUGCCCUCGAGUCGGAAGGAAUCAGUGCAAAUCCUCGUGCCGAAUUCAGUUCCCGCCUCUUCAACGGCGUGUCUUUCCAAGUCCUGAACGCGAGUGGCAGUGAUGGAAAGCAGAUCCUGCAACAACUUGAAGCGCUGACACAGGUAAAGGCUGUCUGGCCUGUUCGCUCUGUCCGCCUGAAUAUGCCGGAAACCAGUGAGGCUCCAGCUUUGAAUGACACUGCCGGCGAUUCUCUGCAACGACGCCAAAUCAGCCGUCGGGAUGCCGCUGAAGACACCUUUUCGCCCCAUGUCAUGACCCAAGUCGACAAAUUACGAGCAGAAGGAGUUACCGGAAAGGGCAUUCGCGUUGCAAUCAUUGACAGCGGCAUCGACUAUACCCACCCGGCCCUUGGAGGAUGCUUUGGACCUGGCUGCUUGGUUGAAGCCGGCUGGGACUUUACUGGCGAUGAUUUCCUGCCUGGAACUAUCGAGGCCAAACCUGACGCGGAUCCUAUGGAUGACUGUCAAGGACACGGAACUCAUGUUGCGGGAACUGUUGCUGCACAGCUCGAGGGCAACAAGUACGGCUUCACCGGAGCUGCACCUGGAGUCAAGCUAGCAGCGUAUCGUGCUUGGGGAUGUCGUGCCACAUCUACCAACGAGAUUCUACUGUCAGCUUUCAUCCGGGCUUUCGAGGAGGGGGCUGAUAUCAUAUCUUGCUCAGAUGGCGAUGCUGGCGGCUGGCCCUCGGAUGUCUGGAGUGUUCUUGCCACACGCAUCGUAGAUGCGGGAGUGCCCGUCGUCAUCUCUGCAGGCAACGACGGCGGUCUUGGUCUCUUCUACGCGUCAGCUCCGGCUACGGGACGUGGAGUGACAGGUGUAGGCGCAGUUACUAACACAGAGUUCCCAGCGCUGCUCACCGCCGGCUCGUACAUUGUUGAAUCCAACAAGACGAGUCAAGAGUUUGGAUUCUUGCCUGGAUUCCCUGAGUUUCCUGAAAAUGUUACCCUUUCUUUGUGGUCUGCUGCUGAUGCCGACAAUGCUUGUUCGGCAUUGCCUGAUGAUACUCCGGAUUUGAGCAAGCGAAUUGUUCUGCUGGAGAAUCUUGAUGCUAGGGCGACCGGAUGCUAUCCACAGGACCAAGGCACCAAUGUGGCUGCUAAGGGGGGCCAAUACUUGCUCUACUACGCCAAGGACAACCUGACAAUGCGUGAUGAACUCUAUAACUACGCGGAAGGCAUCCAGGGCGUGGCAACAGUCCCCCCUUACGUCGCCCAGAAGUGGCUCUCCCUUCUAAAAGAGGGCAAGACUGUCACAGUCUCUCUACCUGGGGGAAACAAUACUGCUGUACGCCUUGAGCAGCUCGAGAACAACGUGAGCGGAGGCUACAUGGGGGAUUUGUCUAGCUGGGGCCCAACUUGGGAACUGGCCAUGAACCCCCAGAUCGCCGCACCUGGAGCGAAUAUCCUUAGCACGUUCCCAGUGGCCAUGGGAGGCUACAGAGUUAUGACAGGAACCAGCAUGUCUGCACCUCUCGUCGCCGGUAUCUACGCUUUGAUCGGCGAGGUUCGCGGGAGCUUAAAGCCAGAACUCCUGAGGCGACUCAUCGUGUCAACCGCAAAGCCCCUUGACUGGUUCGAUGGAAAGAAAGCAGAUCCAGAUAUGCCAGCCCCGGCACCACAGCAAGGUGCAGGUAUCGCCCAAGCCUUUGACGCAGCGCACACCACCGUCGAGCUUAGCAUCGAGAGCAUCUCGUUCAACGAUACCGACCACUUUGUUGGAAACAAGACUUUUAGUGUGAAGAACACAGGAGCUAGCGACGUUGCCCUUCAGCUCUCUCACCGUAAAGCGCCGACCAUGUACACUUUGCAGCCAGGCUUGUCUCCUUUGAUGGCUGCCUCCUUCCCGAAUCCGAUAGUUGAGGAGUGGGCUGAUAUCAACUUCAGUUCUAGCAAGAUUAAUGUCCCUGCCGGUGGCUCUGUCGACGUGACUGUCACCUGUACACCUCCAGAGAAUGUCAACGGGACUCUGCUACCCGUGUAUAGCGGACACAUUGCCCUGACAGGAUCUAACUCAUCCCUGGUGCUGCCGUACCUUGGAGUUGCUGGAAGCAUGCGCGAUAUCCCUGUUCUACAAGCUUCCCAAGUCUAUCUUGCCAACUACAACAACGAAGUCCCCGCCAACAGGACCUACACCAUCCCACGACCAGAUCCCGCUAACCCACCGCUCACGGACCGUGGUGAUCAGGAUACCACGCCAAAUGUCUACAUCAAGCCCACUAUCGGGACUGCUGCGCUCCACGUUGAUGUCUUGCGUGGUGGUGCCAAGGGGGAUGCCAUCGGGGCGCUGGCUGGUUGGCCACUUCUCUACCUGCCUCGCUCGGACCAGCGGGCCUAUGUCAAGGGACUGCUCGCCAACGGUACUGUGCUAGAUGAGGGAGUUUAUUCCCUGAGAGUUAGCGCGCUGAGGGUGUUUGGCGACAAGGCUGAUAAAGACGAUUGGGACGUUGUGACGACGGUGCCCUUCAACUUGAAGUACGAAUCGUAG